UGACAAUGAAGUCGCUACAUUGAGGAAGAUUGGGAAAAAAAAAAAAAAAAGCCUUAACUAUAUAUUGGGUAGUUAGUUGUCAAAGGUGGAAGAUGAUGCCACGUGCCCCUCCUUUAUUGGUGAGAUUAAUGAAACUGUGGAGUGGUUUGCACCAUGUAAUUUCUUUCCGAUACGUGACACAGAGCGCGCCACGCCUACUCGACUCGGUCCUUCCCUACUCACUGAGUCACCAACUCAGCGUUUCAAACCCCAAAGCUCUCGCAAUCGCGAGCUCUUAAUCACGAUUUUCAAACCAUGUUCGAAACUCAAAAUCGAAUCAAUGGCUUCCAAACAGAAUCCAGAGGCACUGAUCGAGAUCAACGGACUCAGGUUCACCUACCCUGGAAUCGACGGCCAUCCUCCCCCGGGCUCCAAGCCUCUGAUCGAUAACUUCUCCCUCACUCUCAACUCCGGCGACCGCUGCCUUCUUGUCGGAUCUAAUGGAGCUGGGAAAACGACAAUUUUGAAGAUAUUGGGAGGGAAGCACAUGGUGGAGCCUCAUAUGGUUCGAGUGCUCGGAAGGUCGGCAUUUCAUGACACUGCUCUUACCUCAUCUGGUGAUCUCUGCUAUCUUGGAGGAGAGUGGAGGCGAGAUGUUGCUUUUGCAGGGUUUGAAGUUGCAAUUCAAAUGGAUAUUUCUGCUGAGAAAUUGAUAUUUGGGGUUGCAGGAAUUGAUCCCCAAAGAAGAGCUGAACUAUUGAAGGUUCUAGACAUUGAUCUUUCAUGGAGAAUGCAUAAAGUAUCCGAUGGCCAGAGAAGGCGGGUCCAAAUAUGCAUGGGUCUCCUGAAACCAUUUAAGGUUCUGCUUCUUGAUGAGAUAACAGUUGACCUUGAUGUGCUAGCAAGAGCUGAUCUGUUAAAGUUUCUGAGAAAAGAAUGUGAAGAGAAAGGUGCCACAAUUAUAUAUGCAACACAUAUAUUUGACGGUCUAGAGGAUUGGCCAUCACAUAUUGUAUAUGUAGCCAAGGGAACAUUGCAACUAGCAAUGCCUAUGGAUAAAGUUAAGGAGAUUAGCAAAUUGUCUUUAAUGAGAACAGUUGAAAGUUGGCUGAGAAAAGAACAAGACGAAGAGAGGAAGAUAAGGAAGGAAAGAAAGGAAAGAGGUCUUCCUGAAUUUGAAGACAAGAUAGAUGGAAGCCGUGUGGCUGGCGGUCCACGUGCAGUCAAUAAUGGUUGGGCAGCCGGAAGACUGAACUCCACCGUUGCUGGAGAAGAUAACUUUGUUUACAGCUCAAACAGAGUCUUAAGACAGUAAUUAUACGUGAGAAUCCUUAUAGACAGGAAAGCUUCAUUCUUUUUAUUUCAAAAAAGAGAGAAUGAGUUCUUCAAUUUGAAUUUUGUUUGUUAUUUAUUACCUUUGUGUUCAUUUGUUUCUAAUAAUAGUGUGCAAUUAUCUUGAUUGUAUUGCAUCAUAUUUUGUAUCUUUAUUAUUAUGUUUGUUAUUGAAAAGAAAAGCAUCAACACAUAGAGAGCAACCAA